ACGACAUGACGCAAUGUCCCGGCGCCUGGCAACACGCACCGAGUGAUUCAUUGUGAAGUACAGAGAUGGCAUAGUUAGUCUGCUACUUCACUGUAAAAUAAACAUGACUCCAACUCGGAUAAUCGCUAACCUUUCUAUUUUACGCUAACAGUACUCUUGUUUAUAUAAUACAACCAUCCGAUCAUGAAGCUGCUCCAUAAAGACAUUGAAAAAGAUAAUGCCGGUCAGGUGACUCUGGUGCCAGAGGAGGCAGAGGAUAUGUGGCACACCUACAAUCUUCUGCAAGUGGGGGACAGCCUGAGAGCCUCCACUAUAAGGAAGGUGCAGACAGAGUCCCCCACUGGAAGCGUGGGCAGCUCUAGAGUUCGCACUACUCUUACCUUAUGUGUGGAGACAAUCGACUUUGACUCCCAGGCCUGCCAGCUGAGAGUAAAGGGCACUAACAUAGAGGAGAACCAGUAUGUCAAGAUGGGAGCUUACCACACUAUUGAGCUUGAGCUGAACAGGAAGUUCACUCUUGCUAAAAAGAGCUGGGACAGCGUUGUGCUGGAUAGAAUCGAGCAGGCAUGCGAUGCAACCCAGAAGGCAGAUGUGGCAGCUGUGGUAAUGCAGGAGGGUCUGGCCAACCUGGUGUUGGUGACCCCCGCCAUGACUCUGCUCCGUGCUAAAGUAGAGGUCACCAUCCCUCGCAAGAGGAGGGGAAGCUGCACUCAGCACGAGAAGGCGCUGGAGAGGUUCUACGAGGCUGUGAUGCAGGCCAUCCUUCGCCACAUCAAUUUUGAUGUGGUGAAGUGCAUCCUGAUUGCCAGUCCAGGGUUUGUGAAGGACCAGUUCAUCACCUACCUCUUUAAAGAGGCAGUGCGACAGGACAACAAGGUCCUGCUGGAAAAUCGUCCCAAAUUCAUGCUGGUCCACUCGUCAUCCGGUCAUAAGUACUCACUCAAAGAAAUCCUUUCUGAUCCCACUGUGACAAGUAGGCUCUCGGAUACAAAGGCAGCAGGAGAGGUGAAAGCCCUGGAAGAUUUCUACAAGAUGCUCCAGCAUGAGCCUGACAGAGCUUUCUAUGGCCUGGCUCAUGUGGAGAAAGCUGCUGACACCCUCGCCAUCGACACCUUGCUGAUAAGUGAUAAGCUGUUCAGACAUCAAGAUGUCCCCACGAGGAGUCGUUACGUUCGGUUGGUGGACAGCGUGAGAGACAAUGGCGGCAAUGUCAGAAUAUUCUCAAGCCUUCAUGUGUCUGGUGAACAACUGACUCAGCUGAGCGGAGUGGCUGCCAUCUUGCGCUUUCCCAUCGCCGACCUGUCGGAGGCUGAGGACGACAGCAGCUCAGACGAAGACUGAUCCGCAGAAAUGGACCACAGAGCGGUCGUUUGGAGAAACGCAGGUGGUCGUCCAUAGUUGCAGAUAACACCAGAAUGCAUUGACUCAGUGUGUUGUAAAACAAUAAAGCUGCUGUGUUAUGGUCUAUGUAUUGCACCUCUGCAACAUUCACACCUCUGUCAGACCUUAUUAACGCACCUGUUUUUGUACAGUGGCCAUGAUUUCACAUAAUUAGAUGCAGUUUUUUUGGUGCUUUGAUGCUUUUGGUUUGAGGUGGCAGCGUUUUUGAGAUGGUGCAGGUUAAGGUAAUGCCAGAGUGCUCUCACUUCGCAAGAAUGCCAAUCAAAAGGAAUGUAACGUGUGUUGCCAAGUUUCAAAUGAAAACAGUUAAAAUUUUGAGUAACAUUUAGCAAUAGCAAAAAAAAAAAGUUCCAAGUGUAUAUACAAUAUAUCUUUGUUGCAAUUAAACAAGAGAAGCAUUCAA